AUGGAGCGUGCAGAUGAUUCCGCAAUCAUUGACCUGGAACAUGAGAAUCGGAGCGUUUCGAGUGAUGGAUCUGCCACUGUUGUGCAAGCUGGAGAGGUUUCUGAAAACCCAAAAUUUGCCCGGGAGAAGGAAGGCAGGAGAAUCCGUUCCAGUGAUGACCUGGAAGAUAGGUAUUUGCGACAACGAGCCGCGGCUCCAAAACAGAACAUUUUCAACCCCUCGACACAUUCGCACGCCGAGCAGUUUCUCGAAAUGAUGAAAAGAUAUCAAUACUCGACAAAAGACUCCAAAGCCAGGCCUUUAGAUCUCGGUGGAACCCAUUCCUGGGACGAGGUGAUGCGACUAGUGAAAGAUGCAGAAGCUACAUACCUCGAGGCCGGACAGUCAAGGCUGCGACAAGUGGGCAGACUCAUAGGGGCCCAAUCUGAGUCCAUGGUGCCCUUUCUGAGGCUCAUACCAAAUGGGUUCUAUACCUCGAUAAUAUGCGGAGGCCUGAAACUCAUCUUUGAGGCCGCUUCCAAUAUCAACAAAGGUCGUGAGAAAGUCCUAGAUACGCUCUUGCAGAUACCCCGUAUCAUCGUGCAAGCCGAACACUCGGUAGAAACGUUUUAUCCAGAUCCGGCGCUGUAUGAGAAGGCUGAGGAGCUAUACCUGGCAAUACUCGGGGCGAUCGAAGGAGCAGCGGAAUGGCUGAAGCAACAUCCUGUUGGUAAACAGGCUCGUGCUUUGGCGCGUGGGCAACUGUACAACAAGCAUUUCAAAGAAAAGGUACAGGCACUUGAUGAAGCGCUCGUCGCAUUACAAGAGCGAGCCUCCGUUCUGCGUGACAACGCGAUCGUCACUGGCCAAAAGACUGCUGAGAAUGUGCAGACCAUCGUCAACAAGGUGGCAGUCGUUACGACGCAUACUGACGUUCAGUUAACCUCUGUCACUGAGGAUAUCAAGACAUUUAAUGUCAAGAUGGAAGAUGUUCACGCUGCACAGCGGACAACCCAUGUCAAGAUUGACGACCUUCACGGCGUACAACAAGCUGUUCACAGCAAGGUUAAGACAUUGAGUGAUGUGCAACAAGCGAAAGAACAGGCUGCGCGAGCAAUGGAACUCGCGUUGAAAACCGCCGAGUGGAGGGAAAAGGAUGGUAGAGACAUCCGUCGGUUGAAGAGACAGAUUAAAAGUCUCCAGAAAGCAGCCAGUGGAUUAACGCAGGCUGAUAUGUUCGAUAUACUGAACGUCAAUGCCGAAACUCGAAUUGAGGAUUUCCGACAUAUUCAUCGAGCGUGUCAAUCACUGGACCCGUCAGAUUCCCAGAUCGCUCAAGGCAUCAUUGAAGGAGCAAGAUUCAAGCAAUGGCUCUCUGCAGACGAAUCGGGUGCCCUGUUCAUCGAAGGUGGCCCUGCUUUGACCUUUCACGGACGCUUCGCUUCGUUGUCAUUGAUGAGUUGCUUGGUCAUUGAGUGCCUUGAAGGCAAAGCGCCGGCCAUAUCGAUACACCAUUUCUGCAGGCGUCACACUUCGUCGAAAGAUUCGCUACAAGGACCGCAAGGUAUGAUGAGAAGUCUGAUCUGCCAGGUUCUACGAUUGUUCGACGACCAGGUAGAUCUGAGUUUCGCAUUCUCUCGUCGACACCGUGAGCAGUUGGAGUCACAUAGUCUUCAGAUGCUGUGCGAUUGCUUUGCAAACGUCGUCAAGCAGCUUCCGGCAGACACGGUGCUAUUCUGCAUAAUUGACAGCAUCGAUUGCUUCGAAAAACAUGAGUGGGCUGAAGACUGCCGGCUCAUGAUCAGAGAACUUCAAGACAUCUUGCACGAGUAUGAAUAUGGUCCUGUCUUCAAAUUGCUUGUUACCUGUCCAGUCCGAAGCAGAUACGUUGGAGGAACCUUCACUUCUCAGUGCAGGCUAUCGUUGUCAGGUGACGGCUCCGCUGGCCGCAACGAUCCCACCGAGAGGGAGAUGAGCAUGGGCACCCGACGACCAAGAGCAAGGGAGAGCGAUGCGUUUCGAUCGUUGAGGAAUAUGAUCCCUGCGGGGAUGGAAGAAUCUUCAGAAGACCUUUCCGAUUCCGAUUUUUCUUGGGAUACUGGACCUGAAUGA